GUAAACCCCACCCAUUGACGAAGGGCAAGUCUUUGGGGAAAGACAGACAGACAGAGAGAAAGAAGGAAGGAAGAAGGAAGGAAGGAAGGAAGGAAGGAAGGCAGAACGCGAGGUAGAGGGAGCAGUACUCAGUGACAGCAAACGAGGCGGUGUGUUAUCAUACGGUAUUCAACAAGCGGACACGGAGACAAGCACAAAGGCAGGGGGGCAGGCUGGUUUUUUUUUCGGCAGUCAUUCCAAAAAUCAUAAUAAUAAUAAUACUAAUAAAAAAGAAAUAAAACUAGCGUGCCAAGAUGAUCGCUUUAUUUAACAAACUGCUGGACUGGUUCAAGGCUCUGUUUUGGAAGGAGGAGAUGGAACUGACCCUGGUGGGGCUCCAGUAUUCGGGAAAGACCACCUUUGUCAACGUGAUUGCGUCGGGGCAAUUCAAUGAGGAUAUGAUUCCAACCGUGGGAUUCAACAUGAGGAAAAUCACAAAGGGAAAUGUGACUAUCAAGCUCUGGGAUAUUGGCGGCCAGCCUCGAUUCCGGAGCAUGUGGGAGCGCUACUGCCGAGGAGUCAGCGCCAUUGUGUAUAUGGUGGAUGCAGCUGACCCGGGUAAGAUUGAAGCCUCUAAGAAUGAACUGCACAACCUGUUGGACAAACCCCAGCUGCAGGGCAUCCCUGUCCUAGUUCUUGGGAACAAGCGAGACCUGCCUGGUGCCUUGGAUGAAAAGGAGCUCAUCGAGCGAAUGAACCUGUCUGCGAUCCAGGAUCGGGAAAUCUGCUGUUAUUCCAUCUCCUGCAAGGAAAAGGACAACAUUGAUAUCACACUACAGUGGCUCAUUCAGCACUCUAGGACCCGGAGGAGCUGAGGCCUGGACAUCUCGGACCUGCCAUAUUCUACCCUGACCUCUCGCCAUCAUUCUUAAAUAUCCCCAUGUCCCCUUGAGGUCAACAAGCCUGUUUUUUUUGUUCUUGUAAAGAGGGUUUACACCUUCAUUUGCACUGUUUAUUAUAAUGAUUAGUAUUAUUAUGAUUAAUAUUAUUAUUAUUAUAAAAUAUUUACGGUUUAAUUUUUGAGCAUUAAUUAUGAGGCUAGUUUUUAAUUCCAAACCUGAUGGUGUUAAUGAUAUUACUGGAGCUGUCAUCUAAUCUAAAUCAUGCAGAAGCCAAGCCAUGACAUUUUUGCCUGUGUCUUUGGAGAAGUGGUAUAACCUGCCUGUGUUGGAGAAGCAUGCUCCAUGUAGCUGCUUCAUACAUACAUUUCAAGGGCUGUUUCUUAUUUAUUGUUUUCCAAACUGUUACUGGCGUCUAUUGAUGUCCCUACAGUGACGUAAGGACCAGGGAGGGGAAUAUUGACCAAGGAGAAAUCCGGAUCAUUAUUUUCCUAGCCUGGUUGAUUUUAAUACAUUUUAAUGCAGAGCGAAAGAUUAAUAUAUUAGCCAGUGUGUUCUGUCCGUUCCAGAAGUAUACAUUCCAGGGACUUGAGGUCUGAGUGUCGCUCGUAAGAGGAAUUUAUCAGAGUGCCAGUAAUGGAAAGAAUCCAGGAUUCUUCAUUGAAGCAUAUAAACUCUGAAUUGUAUUCCUGGAACAGUAGUUUGUAAAAUAUCUGUUGCCCCUUUCUCUUUCCUGUGUGGAGAUCAAACAGCCUGGGGGAGUAAUGUACUGUACAGUAGGAAGGAGCAAGCUGUAUAUUAAUGUAUUGAUGAACUGUGGCUCUGACAUGGUGAACGACCUGCAGUGAAACCACAGGGGAUCUGGAGCAGAGGCAAUUUUGUGACCCUUUGUGGCACAGGAGUCUAUCCAAGGAAAGGGACCCUAUACCUCCUAGGAAAGGGUUCCUGUUGAGUCACCUUGAGUGAGCUCGUGGGUUCUUGCAUUUCGCACUACAACUGCGGGAUUGCUGAAGAUAUCUCUGAAUAUCUUGACAUGGCUUUUUGAUUAUUUAAAUCUGUUUUGAAAAGCUUGAAAUGUGGCUGGGAUCAUCAGGGCAUGCUCCUCCAACUCACUACAGCCCUGAAAUCUGAACCACUCUCUUGCGAGGUACAAAAGAAAAUGACCUUGUUUAAAUAAAUAAACAUGGGAAGGGUGCACCCGCUUUGUUUUUAUUCUUUUCGUCGUAAUUAUCUGCAUAAUAUUUUGAACACCAACCUUGUUAGUUUGGUGAACCUUUUACUGAAGAAUAAUCCUUCUGUCAAAUAGGCCAUUGCUGCCAUCUACCCUGUUGUAGCAGCUUAAAGAUCCUGCACAGAAGAAAGCUGUCGUCUGUGCAGGACUGUCCUUAUCAAACCUGGAGUGCUCCUGGUCUAACUGUUAACUGAAACAAUACUGGCCAGUACUUGCUGUAGUCUUGCACCAGCUGUUUAUGUAUUGCAUGCAAAGCUACAUACAACGUGUUUUAUCAAACACCCCAUUUCUUAAUGCUUAUGAACUGAGCUUGUAUUUUAAUCCCCAGGACAGCUUUGUGUGGAAUAACGUUAUCGGUCCCGUUCACUGCUAUGAGACUGGUGGUGUCUCGUCCAGAUCGGAGGUCUUUCAGGAUCUUAAGACUGCACUAAAUUAAAAUAUCAAACUACUGAGCUCUCAAAGCAAACCAAGGUUUAAACUUGUAACAAACGCAGACCGUCAUUGCAUUUUAAUCUUAGAGCAAGUAUUCUUAGAACAGCUUCAGAGAAGUACCGAAUAAAAGCUGUCGGAGAAGGAUGCUUAUGGCCCUCGGCAGUUUUAGCAGCGUAACGUAACUGAAAUGAUCCUCUGUAAUGCUUUCCGUUUGUUUUCCGCGAGUGGUGGAGCAGAAUUCAAAUUGAACCUGUCUUACAUCGUUCCAGAACCAGCAAAGAACUAUCUGAUCUCGCUCCGUUACUUCAUUCAUCUCCAAACCAAAAACCACCUCAGAUUGCUUUUCUAACAGCGAGUCACAUGACCUUUCUAUUACUGUCACCUUCACAUUUCAGUUGUUACACUGCUUAAAAAUGUUGUGUUUUUGUAUGUACUGUCCCAUUAUGUCUGUGGUACUGAAGCCAACAUUGGGGUCUGUGUUAUAGCUUCUAAAUAAAUGAGAGUUUGCGGUUUGAGCAACGACAAAUUCGUGAGAACCACCACCGUUUGCCAGCUCCUGAUUUUAUUUAAGAACUUGGGACAGUCAAAGCCUGAAAGAAACACUGUCUCUCUCUUAUCUGUUGCCUUUGUUUCUUUCUCUCUUGUUUUGCAUGUGUAACAUAUUUAAAAGCAUCUUUAUUAAAAACUUGCAAAACAAACAACAGCAAAAAUAUGGUCAAAUCUUAUUUUGUUAGGUACUGAAUAACAGUAUGUUAUGGUAAAUAAUAUGUAUAUGUGUUUUUUUUUUAUGUUAAUAAAUAAAUUGUGUUUUUGAUGGA